GGGGGAAGAAGGGAAGGGAGGGGUCACGUGCGGCCAGGCUCCCGAGGUCACGUGACGGGGCGCUGGGGCGGAGGGAGCCGGCGCUGGGAGUUCUCCAGAGGGAAGAGGAGUGAAGUAGGGGGGACGCGGCGGCGGCGGUGGUGGCAGCGCUGACAAUGAGUUUUCUUGGAGGCUUUUUUGGUCCCAUUUGUGAGAUCGAUGUUGUCCUUAAUGAUGGGGAAACCAGGAAAAUGGCGGAAAUGAAAACUGAAGAUGGCAAAGUAGAAAAACACUAUCUUUUCUAUGAUGGAGAAUCUGUUUCAGGAAAGGUAAACCUAGCCUUUAAGCAACCUGGAAAGAGGCUAGAGCACCAAGGAAUUAGAAUUGAAUUUGUAGGUCAAAUUGAACUUUUCAAUGACAAGAGUAAUACUCAUGAGUUCGUAAACCUAGUGAAAGAACUAGCCUUACCUGGAGAACUGACUCAAAGCAGAAGUUAUGACUUUGAAUUUAUGCAAGUUGAAAAGCCAUAUGAAUCUUACAUCGGUGCCAAUGUCCGUUUAAGGUAUUUUCUUAAAGUGACAAUAGUGAGAAGACUGACAGACUUGGUAAAAGAAUAUGAUCUUAUUGUUCACCAGCUUGCUACCUAUCCUGAUGUUAACAACUCUAUUAAGAUGGAAGUGGGCAUUGAAGAUUGUCUACAUAUAGAAUUUGAAUAUAAUAAAUCAAAGUAUCAUUUAAAGGAUGUGAUUGUUGGAAAAAUUUACUUCUUAUUAGUAAGAAUAAAAAUCCAACAUAUGGAGUUACAACUGAUUAAAAAAGAGAUCACGGGAAUUGGACCCAGUACCACAACAGAAACCGAAACAAUCGCUAAAUAUGAAAUAAUGGAUGGUGCACCAGUAAAAGGUGAAUCAAUUCCAAUAAGACUGUUUUUAGCAGGAUAUGACCCAACUCCAACAAUGAGAGAUGUGAACAAAAAGUUUUCAGUAAGGUACUUUUUGAAUCUAGUCCUUGUUGAUGAGGAAGACAGAAGGUACUUCAAGCAGCAGGAGAUCAUUUUAUGGAGAAAAGCUCCUGAAAAACUGAGAAAACAGAGAACAAACUUCCACCAGCGAUUUGAAUCGCCAGAAUCACAGGCAUCUGCUGAGCAGCCUGAAAUGUGAACUGAAUUGGAGAAACAAACAAACAAAAAAAAACUCCUAUAUCCGUUGAGAUUUAAGUUCGGCAGGUUAAAGAUGGUUGCAGCAAGUGGCAGGGUUGGGGGAGGCCAAAAGUCCAUUUAUAAUAGUCUUCCUUUAUCUUACAGUGCUGAAUUUAUUUUAUGAUAUAACUAAAUGUUCUUCAUGUAUAUACAUUAAAAAAAUGCUUUCUUUAAAACACUGGAACUUUCUUAAACUGCCGUUUUUGUUUUGUUUUGGUUUUUUUACUGCACACUGAUUGGAUGAUAAGCACUCAGAUAUACAGCAGCAUAAACAUUAAAGAUUUUCAUGUGAGUGGGCUGGUAUUUGUAAUUUUGCUUUCUUUCUGCAUAAUGUUGAUGAUAAAUCCUUUUCCUCUCCUUUUUCAUGCUAAUGAUUACCUCUUAUUCUCUACAUGCAAAAAAAUUAUUUUGUGUUCAAAUAAAAUUAGAAAACCUGAGUAGCCCUUACAUCCUACAAAGAUUUAAAACAUGGCAUCUCAAUAUUUUUAAGAACUGUAUUUAUGUUUUUACAUAUGUUUGAGAAAUGCAUACAGAGUGUUUCAAUGUAGGUGCUUCUGAGUCUACCAUUCCAUGGCUUCCUGAAUUUUUUUCUCUUUGAAGUCUUCUGUGAUAUAUUAACUUUUUUUCCCUAAGGAAUUAUGUGGCAUGUCAUAGUAGCUUUUUUUUUUUUUUUGGCCAUAUUAAAGUAACCAUUUUGCUACUGCUGUACAACAGGUACACUGUUUAUGUUGGCAUUUUAGGAUUCGUUGAAACUGUAUAAUUUUUCCAUAAAUACUUUUAUGGAAAAAAAUCUUUUUUGAUUUAAGGGAAUCUCCUUACCACAUAUACGCAGAUACAAUUUUCUUGACUUUACAAAUAUUCUCUUCCCUUUUCAGGGGAAAAUUUGAGGAUGGGCAACUCAGGAGAACCAGUGAAGCAUGUAGUUAUCCAGAUCUGGACAAUUUCAUAUUUGUUAAAUUGGAACUUUGUCUAGUUCAAAAAAAUUUAAACUUCUUCAUCCACUCUGUUUAAAAAUUUUUAACAAUUUGUUCAAAGCCUCUAAAGAAGGUUGCAGUCAUCUGUUCUUAUGCUAUGCAUGGGGGCUGAUCUUAAAUACACUAAAUGUCGGGUGUAGGAACUAAAACGAAGCCUGAUAUGGGAAACUACUUUCACUUAUGGUUCAUUGGUUUUUGUACCAAUAUUUUUUAUACACUUCAGUGCAAGUCUCGUCAGUUAAUCUUACUUUAUGAGUAAGCUAAGUAACCCAAGUUACAUUUCUUUAACCCUGUUUUACUACUAUGGCACUUUGAAAAAGUGGUCAGUAACCAGCUUCUUAACUGGCAAGGAGUUCCAUGUACCAUGUGCUGGAGCAUCUAUUUUCAAUGUGGAUAUCUGUGAAUGGUAAUGUUUUCCUUCAUGUAAGUGCCUGUUAAAAGAGUUUCAAAAUUUACAAAUGCCAAAUAUUUUCAUGGUCACUUGCAUGUAGUAAUCUAGAAAAUAUUCAAAGAAAUUUUGAAAACCAAUUGUAUCUAACCAGCCUAAAAUUGUGCAACCAUGAUGUAUAUAAUAAAGAAUUUGAAAUAGAUACUGAGCUUGCUAUUUGAAUGAUUAAAAUAGUUCUGUUCUCAAAUGUCUUCUCAUUGUCAGAUUUAUCUUUGAGGACAGGAUUGCUCAAUAGUUAAGAAAGAUAUAACUGUGAUGACUAAUUUUUAUAACUCUUGUCCAUUUCCAUGUUAAAUAUAUAAUGCUUUUAAUUAGGUGGCUUAAAACUGUCAUAAAUAGGAUGCGUAUUUACUUUGCUUGUAACUUUGUUACAUAACCAAUUUGAAAAAUAAAACUUUGAAUUCAGUAUUCGGUGAAUUGUAAAAAGUUGGCCAGUUAAUUAGAAAUAAACUGAAAAAGAAA